AGAAUCGUGGUGAUCAAACAGUCGAAACAUCGCUAUCCCUCAACUUCGAUCCCGAUCCUUAGCGUAGCGACAGCUCCGCCAUUCUCUAGACCUACGGCUCUUUGCGCUUAUACACAUCAAAAUGACUGGUCGCGGUGGUGGCGGUGGUCGCCGUGUUCUCGUUCCUCCUAUCAACUUCAUCUUCAAGCUUCUUCAAUCACACGCAACGGUCAGCGUCUGGCUGUACGAGCAGCUCUCUAUCCGCAUCGAGGGCAAGAUCAGAGGUUUCGAUGAGUUCAUGAACCUGGUAAUCGACGAUGCCGUGGAGGUCAAGCAAAUUACCAAGACCAACGACAAGGAAUCCCGGAGACCUCUCGGUCAAAUUCUGUUGAAGGGAGACAACGUGUCGCUGAUCCAGAGUGCCGCAAGCUGAAGACGUGGUAACGAAACCGAUCGCGUGGAUUUGGAAAACAGACGGACAAUGAGCCAGAGUGGAGUGGUAGCAUGAAGGUAUACCCAAAACCGCCCAGGCCGAUUAAUGGCUGAUGAGGCACUUCCAAGGUAGUCACGGCGCUCAGUAUCUCUUGAGUUGCACAAAGUCCGUCACGUCGCUGAUGGGGUCGAAUGCGUCGAGGAUAAAGACUUGACCUGACCAUGUAUCUUUGUGUCUGCUUUUGGGAGACAUUUACGAACCAAUAAAUACAUGUACGCUUCUGAUUAUU